AAUACAAUGAAUUUUAGUCAAACUGGAAUGAUUGAACAUUCAGACUUCUGUUAUGAGUCUGUGAAUAGAUCUUGCCCAAAGAUCACCUACCCGAUAGCUAUGCGGAUUUCACUGUAUAUUUUCUUCAUCAUCAUCAUUGUUCUAACCAUGUGUGGAAACCUCCUUGUCAUUAUUUCCAUCGCUCACUUCAAACAGUUACACACUCCAACCAACUACCUCAUCCUCUCUCUGGCAGUGACUGACUUCCUUCUGGCAAUAGUCAUCAUGCCGCCUACCAUGGUGCGCACAAUUGAAACAUGCUGGUAUUUUGGUGAUGUGGUCUGUAAAAUCCAUAUAAGUACAGAUAUAAUGCUAUCAAAUGUGUCCAUUUUAACUCUUUCUCUUAUUUCCGUUGAUCGAUAUUAUGCAGUUUGCCAGCCACUCCACUACCGGACCAAGAUCACCACUUGCACUGCAGUGAUCAUGAUCCUGAUCAGUUGGAACCUGUCGUUUAUCAUUGGGUUUGGAAUGAUAUUUCUGAAACUAAACAUUUGGGGUAUUGAAGAUUUUUACUACAAUAACUUUCAUUGUUUUGGAGGCUGUUUCCUUUUCAUGAGCAAAACAGCUGCUAUUAUAGGUUCAGUCCUAUCAUUUUACAUACCAGGAUUCAUUAUGGUUACCAUCUAUCAGAAAAUCUUACACAUUGCACUGAAGCAAGCCCGCUCAAUUCACAGCACUGCAUGUCAGCACAUACAAACUGGACACAGCACAUCUUCAAGCAAAAUGGAGCAAAAGGCUACAAAGACUCUGGCCAUCGUAAUGGGGGUAUUCUUGACAUGCUGGUUACCCAUUUUUGUGUGUAACAUAAUUGAUCCAAUCAUUAAUUAUUCUGUACCACCUGUUUUGUAUGAUGUAUUCUUCUGGAUUGGCUAUUUCAAUUCUACAAGUAAUCCUAUGGUUUAUGCUUUCUUUUACAGUCGGUUUAGGAAAGCCUUCAAAAUUAUCAUUUCUGGCAGAAUAUUCCAAGCUCAUUCCUCAAGAUCAAAACUAUCCACAGAAUGA